UUCUGCUCUGUAAUCUGACCCUACUGAGGAAGGAUUGAGUGGGGAACAGGUGGCUGCUGAUGGAGAAAGUAGGGAACCAGUCCUUUCCCAAGCUCUCGCCCCAGGCCUCCGAAUUCACCUCACAGGGAGACAACCAGGGUCACCAGGACAGUGGAAAAAGCACAGGAUCAGGAAUCGGGAAUCCUGGAAUCUAAUGUCGGCUCCACCACUUGCCUGCUGAGUGACCUUGGGAUGAUGCAUUGACUUUGCCUGACGCUGAAGAUUUUCAUCAGUCUAAUGCGCCGCCAACAUGUUCAAUGAUUGCAAAUUGUCACCAUCUGGGGGAAACAGUUCCUCAUCAGAAACGUCACUUUCUCCAGCCGACUCCAAGCCCUCAGCAUUGCCUCUCACUGUCGAAAAUGUUAAGAAACUGGAGCAAGAAUAUUUGGCAACUCAGCAGCUUCCUUCCACUAGCACGGUAGAAGAGUACAUCGAGCAGGCUAACCUCUCACUUCUGCAAAACCAGAGCUCCGUCCCCGAAACGCUCUGGGAGGAAGAAACUCCAGCAGACUUAGACACCUUGAACCAGUCGGAAAUUCCAGAAGAGGGUGAAGUUGUAAAUGAGGAUCUCUUUCUGACACCCAAACCGCUUGAUGACAAGGAGGAUGUUGAAGGAGCUCAGACUCAACCAGAAAAGUCUGAAAUAGAGCUGGGUCCAGAAACGUCUAAGAAAGUAACUGUGCCAAAAACUCUGUCAUGGGCACCGCAACUUCUCAAGAAAUCAAGGGAAUCCGAGACCGACACUUCCAGUUCCCAUCAGCAUUUUAUCCGCCAAUCCUUAGAUGGCAGAAAAUACCAAGUGGAGGAUUUAGCGACCCAGACAGAUUGGAGUUAUCCAUCUUUCAGUGAGCAGCCCACAACCUCAUGGGCCAGAGAAGAAAAAGGGAGUGUAAGUGAAGAGGUCCUGAAUGUCUGCGGGCCUGAGGACAUUGACAGAGAAGAAAGCACGUUGUGGGACGAUGACACAGACGUCAUCGAUACCUUUUCUAGAUCGGAAAUAUGGGAUUCUAAUUUGGAUCUGGUGAGCAGCAGCAUUUUCCAGGUUCAUGUACCAACCAAUGAGGAUCAAUUCCUUGAUGACGACGAGUUUUAUAGCAGCUGCGAGUUCUGUCAACAGACCAUCAAGCCUUUCCCGUCUGUUCAUGACCUGGAAACAGCCCCCCUGGAGAACUUUGUGUGUUGCAGAACCUACCAGGAGGUGUUCAAGGGCCUGGUGCGAGAACUAAUGCUGUCCCAGACAUCCAGAGAGACCAUCAAUAUCGCCCCUCAAGUUCCCCUCUCGCAAGACUUGUUGAAGACCGAAACCAGCCUGAAGCUGAAUCACUUGUUAAAAGAGAAUUUUGAUGAGUACCGUAUAGUUUUUGAUCGGCUGUUGAAGUAUCGUGGCAAGACCAUUAUCUCAUUUAAGCUAUCGAAAGGUCUAGCGGAUCCCACCUAUGUCAUUUCCCAUGCUGCCUCUCCUAGUCUCCCUCUUCCUUCUCCCCCCACCACUGAAGAUCUGCUUGAAGUAGAGCCCAUGUGGGAGAAACAGUACUUCCAGAAGCAGCGAGGUACUGACACCAUCAGAAAAUACCCCAGUGGGAAGAAAUUCUUCAUUUUCUUUCAAGACGGGUCAGGCCAGGUUUACUACCCUUCGGGGAACUUGGCUGUGCUGGUGAUCUCGGGGCCACCGGAGCAGUUCACGUACAUCCUCCUGGAAGACAACAUCCGGGGAAUGGUGCGUGCCGUCCUCGGCCACAGGGGACACGUCACCUGCUACCGCCCGAAUGGCACCAUCUGGGUGAAUAUCAGUCCCAGUUUGGGUUUCUACUUCAGUGAGGAGGGCUUCGCGCCAAAAACAUGGAACUGGUGGGAUCCCAGCCACCAUGUCCACGCCCCACCCUUUCAGCCUAUUUAUCUGAAACUCAACAACAACUUGGAGAUUCGCAUCCAGGCCCAGGAUCGAGUGUUCAUCACCUUCACCCACCACCUCCACAAACUCCAUUUCAAUGCGGGCACCAAACUCAGGCUGAAGGACCCCGAGAAGCUGCCCCUGCUGAAGCUGCAGGACAGGCUGGACCCUUUCCUCCUUGGCUCCAGAGCCCAGAAGAUCCAGGGCCUCGUGGACCAGAUGCAGCGGGUCCUCAAGGGCCUGUCGUGCGCCGAGCUGGACAGCUUCCUGAACCCCUUGCCCCCGGUGCCCUUGGUGGAGCAGUUCCUCCGCCGUGGGAAGCUCAGCACCUUCUGCUAGCGGGGGGAGCCCCCAAAACCCCCCGGCUCUUUGAAGACGGACUCUGGGUUUAGGAUCCGCUCGGGCUGGCGCAAAGCCGGGGGCGGCAGACUGUGUGGAAAGAGCCACUCGGGGCUCGCCCAGCUCUGCCCGCCCGGGCCUGUGGAGACCGGAGACCGGGCGGGCUUUGCCGAACCUGAGUUUGGAGGGCUGCAACAUACGAAUUCCCAUCUUCCUUG